CGCGUUUAGUUUUUCCACCUACUAAGAAUGGGGAACGUCAUCAAAGAGCGCGGCAAAUUAUUGUGGUGAUAGCUGGUUAAGCUUCUCGUUGUUGAAGUGUAGGUGGAAACAAGAAUGUCGAGUGAUUUUUAUCUCCGUUAUUACGUUGGCCAUAAGGGAAAGUUUGGUCAUGAAUUUUUGGAGUUUGAGUUUAGGCCUGAUGGUAAACUGCGUUAUGCCAACAACAGCAAUUACAAAAAUGAUGUUAUGAUCAGGAAAGAGGCGUAUGUUCAUAAGAGUGUGAUGGAGGAACUGAAAAGAAUAAUUGAUGACAGUGAAAUCACAAAAGAAGAUGAUGCUUUGUGGCCUGCACCUGAUAGAGUUGGGCGACAGUAUUUGGAGGUUGCAGCUGUCCUUGGUAAUGAGCAUUUGUGUUUUGGCAUGAGUAGAUCUUCCAGUUUGUGUGAUGUUAGUCAGAAAUUGGACCCAGAAGGCCUGCGUGUAUUCUACUACCUUGUUCAGGAUCUUAAAUGUUUAGUCUUUAGCCUCAUCGGGUUGCACUUCAAGAUCAAGCCAAUUUAGAGUUUGUUUUGUUCUGUUGUCAAGUCUUGCCUGUGACGAGUUUUUGGAAUCGAUUGUGGGUGAAUGCAAGGGCCAAAAUUUGUGGCUCUGUUAUCAAAUGAUUACUGAACAGGAACAACAUUGUUUGAUAAAAGGGCCCAGUGACUGUGCUGUUUUUGUUUUUUUUUUAUUAAAUCUGUUUGUAGUAAUAAGUCAGAUAUUGUUUUAUAAUAAAAUAUUCAUGAAAUACAA